CCAUCAAAAUAGAGGAGCUCCUGAUCUUACUACUGAUUAAAAUGAAGAUUGUGAAUGAACCUUUUAAAAAUUUAUAGGUGUGAAUAAGACAGCAUGAACUUUACCCUGACACGCACCCCUGUCUGCAGAAAACCAGCAGUUGCCUCAAAACACGGUGUUGCCUCUAGCGUUAGUGGUCCCACCAGGUGGAAGGAAAUGGCAGAUCUGAUGGAGUCAACUCCCUUGCCUUCGAUCAAAGACCGCCUGGCUGUCCUCUGCCCUUCCCAGGAGCUUCUGGAAUAUUAUCAAAAGAAGAUGGCUGAGUGUGAGGGAGAAAAUGAGGAUCUCUUGAAGAAGCUAGAACUCUACAAAGAAGCUUGUGAAGGACAGCAUAAAGUUGAAUGGGAUUUGCUUCAGAGGGAGGAAGAGAUUGCUGAGUUGCAGAAAGCUCUAAGUGAUAUGCAGGUCUGCCUUUUCCAGGAACGGGAACACGUUUUACGCCUCUACUCAGAAAAUGACCGUCUGAGAAUCAGGGAACUAGAAGACAAGAAAAAGAUUCAGAAUCUCCUGGCUCUUGUGGGAACAGACACCAGAGAAGUAACCUAUUUUUAUAAGGAGCCCCCCCAUAAAGUCAGCAUUCUGCAGAACAGUAUCCAGGCUGUAGGUGCAUGUGAACCGAAUGUGUCUUCUGCUUCCACAGCAGGUCCUAAAGUGAACAAAAAAAGACCAUCAAUGAGAGAGAAGGAAGACAGUUCUGAGCACUGCCAAAGAGACACACAAGCACUCGUCCUACAGGUGGAAGCGCUGCAGGCUCAGCUGGAAGAGCAGACCAGGCUCUCCAGAGAACAAGUGGAAGGGCUCAUGGAGGACAGGCGUAUUCGCAUCGAGGAGAUAGAAGUUCAGCACCAGAGAAAUCAGGACAAAGUCAAAGAGCUAACCAAGAGUCUCCAUCAUACCCAGGAACUGCUGUAUGAGAACAUCAAAGACUUUCUGCAACUGAGAUUUGAAAACCAAAAUAAAGAGAAGACAUGGAUGCUUGAAAAGGAUCAUUUGAUGUUAAAGAUUAAGCAAUAUCGGGAGCAGUCUAAGAAAAAAGAAGAUAAAAUUGGAAGAGUUUUCCCAAUUUCACAUGACAGUCAUCAUGCCCAAAAUGAAUAUAUUAAGUCCCUAAAGGAUAAGUUAAUACAAGAGAAGAAGCUGUCCAACAUGUACCAAGAGCAGUGCAUUUCCUUAGAAGAGGAACUUGCCCGAAUUCGGGAGGAGGAGGGAGUACGGAGAGAGAUCUUCAAGGAUCGCUCUAACAAGAUGGGGAAGCGUUUACAGAUAAUGACAAAACGCUAUGAGGCCUUGGAGCAUCGACGUAGCUUGGAAGUAGAAGGCUUUAAGACAGACAUUAAAGUUCUUCGACAGAAACUGAAAGAUUUAGAGCAAAUGCUGUACAAGGCAACAGUGGAUGCUCAGGCAAACCAGGACCUUGCCAUUCUGUGUGAGGUCCGCAACAGCAAUAGACGGGCGCAUAAGAUACAAGGAGAACUGAAGAACCUCAAGUCCAAAGUGUUUGGUCUGGAGAAUGAACUUAGGCUCUGUUGAUACGUACUUUCAGAAGAAGGGUCAUCUUCUCUCAGAAGUGUGGACCUGAAAUUGAUCAGAGUAGUUGUAUCCAUUUUUAUAAAGACAGUGAAGAAUCAGGGUGCAAAGAAAGCCUUCCUUGCAUGCCAAGCUUCUUUUGGAAUUGUCACUGUCCUGUUAACCUUCCUGGGGCAUAGAGAUAAAUUACCUUGAGGCUUUCUUAUAUUAUUUCUCUCAUUUGUAUUGACUAGUAUUUGCUUUUUCUAAGAAGGCAGUGAUUGAAACUCAGAAAGACAGUUUUUGCUAUGAUUUUCGCUGUCAGUUGGAGGAACACUUCCUACAGGAUUAAAGCCCUCAUUGAAGGUGCCUUCCUAGGCAGUGAAAGCUGUUGCUGCUGCUGCUGCUGCUGCUGCUGCUGCUGCCACUCCUCAAAUCUGCAAUGGUUCAGCUCUGUAACUUUCUUCAGUCAAAGCCUGUGCUGAGUUACCACCAGAGGGCAGUAGAGAUUCUACCCCUGCCAAGUGUUAAUCUGCAAACUAGAGGCGCUGCUGUGGCAAGAGAGGGUGAAGCUGAAAUGAUCCUUGUAUGAAAA